CGAAAUGGCUAGCCUUUUAACUAGUCACUUCCCGUGGUUUCCCCGUCCUCAGUUUCGCUUCCUGAAAUGGUGGACAAGGAAAAACUAUGAGAUAAACUCAGUAAGUAAAAUAUGGAGUGCCCUUAUUAAACUUAUAGCAUGCCAACAAGUACAAUCACGAAAAACGGAUACAGUGCGGGAACAAAAUAGACAUCUCCUCUAUAGGUCAUGGCCAGUGUUUAAACCUCCCACUGGCAGGCAACAGGAAUUACUAGUGUUUAACUCCCACUAGCAGGAUUACAGGAAUGAACCGGUUCUAACAGGAACAUAUCAACAUGUGCCGACAUGUGCUAGCGUUUAACCCCCACUAGCAGGGUUACAAGAACAUAACCACAUCGGAGACAAAACAGGCUGAAGUUAAUAGAAAAACAUAAUUUACCAAUUACUUUCAGAUCAUCAGGACAAUCAUUAAAUUUCA